GGAGGCGAAAGCUGCCAGAGUGUUUGUUGCUACAGUUGAAAGCAGUCGAAUUGCGGGAAUUUUAUGGGACGAAAAGGGAGCUGAAUGUUAUAAAUUUCUUUUUAAAAGAGUCACUGGUUUUGCAGACAAUGGAUAUAGUAUUUUCUUCAACUUUCCCGCUAAGCUGGAAGGAUUUUUCAACUUUUCCGCAAGGAUGGAAGAAUUCUCCAGCUUUCUGGGAAAGCUGGAGGAUUAUUCAACUUGGCUGCAAGUCAUGAAGGACGAAUUUAGGCAAAGGAUGCUGAAAACCAUGAAGGACGAUGUCAUGGAAAGGAUACUGAUGCUUCCAAAAGGCUCUACAGACUGUGCGAUCAAUUUCUCAUCAUAAAACAUUCAGGAAAGUUUCUGUUUUUUUUUCCCAGUACCAACUUUACAAGUAGGAGAUUAUUUAAGGGUACUUCACUAUAGGAACUCUUCGGGGGACACACUACAGUAGCAUAGGCGUUUGUAGCUAGUACCUAGAGUACGAGAACACCUGAUUAGGUCAGUGGUGAGUGAACUCUAACUGGCUUAACGAUUUUAUAAAUUCCCUUCUGUCUUUUGUUGCACUCAUCAUUUCUUUUUGGUAGAAUAUCAAUAUAUCCUCAUUUCAUUACAUUAAAAAUAUAUCUUCUUCCCUUGAAAAUAGGCUAGUAAUAUGGAUGGUCGAAUAAUACAGUCUGGAGUCUUCACACCUGUCAUAUGUCGUCUAACAAGAAACCUGAUUGUUUUAUAAUUUCUGGCAGGUUCAAUCAAUCACUCGGAGAAAAGAAAAAUACUGUAGAAGGAAUUGGCCAAGUUCCAGCUGUUAUUGUAUUCGGAGACUCGCUUGUUGAUGUUGGUAACAAUAAUCACUUGAAGCUUUCCAUUCUUAAGUCUAAUUUUCCUCAUAACGGUAUCGAUUAUCCCAACCACAAAGCAACUGGAAGGUAUAGCAAUGGAAAGAAUGCUGCUGAUUUCUUCUCUGAGAAUUUAGGAUUAGCGGCAUCCCCACCGUAUCUCUCCAUUAAAUCAGCUUCAGAUAAGGUCCAGGUGUUGCUUGAUCAGGGUGGAAUUAAUUUUGCAUCAGGAGGAGCCGGAAUCUUGAAUGAAACAAACAAACUAUUUAAACAAGCCAUCUCACUCAGCGAACAGAUAACACAUUUUACAACACUGCAUGGAGUGUUCAAGCAACAGUUAGGAACCGUUCAAGCACAAACAUACUUGGAAAAAUCUGUGUUUCUUAUUGCAAUUGGUAGCAACGACAUUCUUGACAAAUUUAAAGGUGUGAGUUUGAGUCUGCAACCUGAAUCUUCAGGUGAUGAGUUCAUAAACUCUCUGAUGGUAGUACUGAAAAGCAAGUUAAAGACAAUUUACAAUCUUGGAGCACGCAAAUUUGCUCUGGUUGGACUCGGGAUGAUAGGGUGUUGUCCGAAACUGAGAAGAAAAAAUCCUACGGGUGAAUGCAAUGAGCAAGCGAAUUACUGGUCUGUUAAGUACAACAAAGCUGUUAAAUCACUCUUGCAAGAACUGAAAGAAGAGCUUACAGACAUUAACUAUUCCUUAAUAAACACUUACGAUAUCAUGGCCAAUUUCUUGCAACAACCAGCACUUUAUGGGUUCAGUGAGAUAAAAUCCGCUUGCUGCGGGGCGGGGAAAUUCAGAGCAAAAGUCCCAUGCCUACCUAUUGCAGUGUACUGUAAGAAUAGGAGAGACCAUGUAUUCUGGGAUCUAUACCAUCCAACUGAAGCUGCUACUAAAAUAAUUAUGAAUGAAUUCUUUAUGGGCACGGAAAAGUAUGUUUACCCUGUUAAUUUGAAGCAAUUGCUGGAAAUAUAAAAUGGGAUUGAUUGACUA